GUACACAUAAACAAACCGCUGCGCCCAAUGAAAAAACAACUACUGCAUAAUCGCAUAGUAAAUGCUCCAAAAAUAAACAUUGCCAACAAAACAAACGACUGCUGACUAAAGGAAAUCGUAUCAAAAAGAAACAGACAAAACGAACAAACAAGAAGGAAAAGUUAGCAGAGAGGAAGCUGUGACAUCUCAUCAACGGUGUCGAUCAUCCCACACCAAAGUGUAAGUAACGUUAACAACGUUACACUGCUUGUUUAGUUCUUUCCGCCUUCUCCGUUGUGUUGUGCCGUGGUAGUAUUUUAGAAUGAGUCGUCAACGUACUGUCAUUAUAUUCAAAUCAGAAUCGGAAAGCACCGAAGUAUAUGCUGCCGAGCUACAGCGACAUUUUUUCCAUCCGAUAUUUGUGCCCACCUUAAGUUUUGGCUUUAAAAAUCUUGAAAAACUUCACGCAAAGCUGCAACAUCCCGAUGACUAUGAGGGCAUCAUCUUUACCAGUCCCCGUUGUGUGGAGGCUGUCAUCAAGGCCUUGGAUAAACAGGAAAUGCCAGGCGGUUGGAAAAUGUUGCGUAAUUAUGCUGUUGGUGAGGUGACACACAAUAUGGCCCACGAUCACUUGCAUCAACUGUUUACACAUGGUAAACAAACCGGAAAUGCCCGUGCCUUGGGACAAUUUAUAAUCGAGGCCUUUGAUGGUGACAAGGAGGCUCCCUUCCUGCUGCCCUGCAGUAAUUUGGCCCAAGACACAUUGAGUGUCAUGCUGCGCGAUGCAGGAUUUCGCAUAGAUGCAUGUGAAGUGUAUGAAACUAAAUGUAGUCCUGAUUUGGGUGAAAAAAUGGAAGCUGCCUUACAGGCAGACAAUAUUGAAUUUUUGGCUUUCUUUUCUCCAUCGGGUGUUAAUUGUGCCUGUGAGUAUUUUAAGGCAAAGGGUGUACCAAUGGAUAAAUAUCGUUUGGUAGCAAUUGGACCUAGCACCCGCCGUGCCUUGGAGAACAAAGGACUGAAAGUGUAUUGUACUGCCGAGCGUCCAACGGUGGAACAUUUGAUUAAGGUUUUAAUAAAUCCCCAAGAAAGUCGGGAGAACCUAUUAAAGGAAUCACAGCAUCAGCUGCAAGAGUAAUUUGGCAAUAAGUAAAUAUUUUUGUAUAAUUCGGGUACAAAUUAAAUAUUGGCAAAAAAGACAACGAAAUUGUUUAGAAUUAAAAUUUGUUUAAAAUAUUAUUGUUAUUUUUUUAAUAAAUGUUAUUUUUCAACAUUGCAGAAA